GUAAUGCAACGAGUAGAGGGUUAUUUCCCGCAGCUUAUUGGUGAGACCGCAAAAGACUGACGCAAAGAGGGGACAGGCACAAACUUUCGGAUGUAGGACCGUAUCGCGUCAAAGAUCCGUUUCUCGAUGCGUCUGCAGCCUCUUGUUCACUGAGUGCGUCUGGCAGACUAACGAUACUUUUGUCGCAGUUUUCUGGAAGUGAUUUACUGGGCGAUGGUGAGGACGGACACAUUUUGAGGAAUUGAUGCCUUUACCUGUGUUUUCCGCCUAAACUUCACUUUUGGAUCGGGAACACUGAGCUGAAUCCUAUUUGCGCUUUAAAGUGAAGUAGCCAGAGGGGCUUCAGCUGCCCUGCACCACUGGAGCCUUCAAUAAUGUCGGGGCAAACACACCACAACCGGCCCCAUCGCUUCUGACCCAACAUGGAGCUCAAGGUCUGGGUGGAUGGAGUCCAGAGGGUCGUCUGUGGGGUCACUGAGACAACCACCUGCCAAGAAGUGGUGAUUGCUCUGGCACAGGCCAUAGGUCGUACUGGGAGAUAUACUCUGGUAGAAAAAUGGCGUGACACGGAGCGUCACCUAGCCCCUCAUGAGAGCCCUGUGGCUUCUCUGAACACCUGGGGCCAGUAUGCCGGGGACGUCCAGCUGAUCCUGCAUCGAACAGGCCCGUCCUUGACUGAACGACCUCCUCCUCUCAGGGGGCCUGAACGUGGGUUGCACCGGCAGAGCCUACCUCCCCUCGCAAAGCUUCGACAUCCCAAUGAUCGCUCCCUCCGCCGCCGUGAACCACGGCGUAAGUCUCUGACGUUCACUGGUGCACCCAGAGGCCUCAGGGAGAUAUUGAGCGGAGGCCGAAUCGGCGACGCAGAGGCAAAACGAAGACUGCUCCUGGGAAAUAGUGGGAAUCACCACCAUGCAAGACCAACCACUGGAAAUCCAUCGCCUGGCAUGUGGGCCUGUCGCAUGGAAGAUCUGGUCCGACUGGUCGGUCUACAGAGAGAGACUCUCGGUGUGCUGGAGAAGAAGCUGGAGGCGUAUGAGGCUGAUCUCCAUGCAUGGGCUGAAGGACGAGGUGGAGGGUGCAUUGGGGAACCAGGUGGAGGAGGGCUGAUAGAGGAGAUCCUGAGGUUGGAAAAGCAUCUGAGGAAGAAUGACGUGGAGAUGGAAGAGGAGGAGUUUUGGGCCACUGAGCUGCAGAUUGAGCUAGAGAGUGAGAGACAACUCGAGGAAAGGCUGCAGGAACUAGGAGGACGCAUGCAGGGCUGUGAAGCGGAGAUUAAAGAAAAGCUGUCAAUGGUACAGAGUGUCGAGGCCGGCCUGGAAGAGGAGCGGCUGCAGCGGCAGCAGCAGGAGACCCAGUGGGUCAGUGAGGCAGAGGCUCGGUCUCAGGCGCUCCGGGCCAAAGCAGAACUGAAAGCCCAGGAGAGACAGGCUGUCCAGCUGGAGAGCAGCUGCAGAGCAGUGGACCGGUCGCUUGGACAUGGCACCAAGAAGCUGCAGGAUAUGCAGCACGAGCUGGAACAGCUGACCAAGGAGCUGAGGCAGGUGAACCUGCAGCAGUUCAUUAAGCAGACCGGCACCAAGGUCACAGUGCUGCCCGCUGAACCCAGUGAGGAUGAAAGUACUCACAGCAGUCAUGGUAUAGAUUUAGUUCCCCUGACUGGCUCCCUGAAGCGUCCGGUGUCGUCGCACCCUCUGUCCAGUCACCUCCGCAUCCUCCACAGCCCUCUCACGUCCGGCCUGAAUCCAGAGGGGAUCUACGUGUGACACAGUUCUGCUACGAGGGAACGCGUCAUGUCCAGAGGCCAGUUCCCCUCCGCACACAUUUGUAAGUGGAUAUAUUUGUACAGGAUACCUCAGUAGCACACUACUAUGCACUGUUGUCUCGUAACCUGAAGGCAACCUCCAGUGUGAAGACUGCAAAAGUAAAGGAACAAUGUUGAUCUUGAAUUGCAAGUCGUGGAGCACUUGGUGGGAAUGAAAGAUGGUGGGAAGGAAGGACAGAAAAACACAGCAACAACAACAACAACAACAACAAGUCCAUGGUGCAGUCUCUGGAGAUAUUAGGACUUCAGAAUGUUGUGGACUUCCUUUAUAAACAUAUCCACUUAAUGUACUUUAGUAACUGCUGAAUGAUUUGUAUUGUUUUCUCACUAGCAUCAUGAUUUAAAAUGAUUGCCUUUUGAAUAAUAAUCCUGAGAAUCUUGGUAUGUGAAUUUAUUAAAUGUAUCUCUAAAAUCAUAUGUAAUUUCUGAAGUCAAUAUGUUUUACCCAGCAUAAGGCCUGGUUCUUAUAUAAGUAAUGAAGGAUCCACGUGUGUCUACUAUAGUAAACCUGUGUAGAAUCUAUUGUUUUGCAUAUCAGAAUGUAUUCCCGUUGCUCUGACUGUCGAUUCAUGUUACAACUAUGCACAAAAGUUUUGUUACCGAAGAAAGUUAAUGUAUGUACCAAAAUGAUAGCUUGCUGUUAAUGUUUUAUUACUUUUCAGCCUUAUUUAGUGAAUUAUUAUAUUUUAUAACAAAGUGGCGCAUUCAGUUAGAAAAAUGCAGUGCCUUCAUUCCUGCAGUAAUACCUGCAUAAUGAGGCCGUGUAAAUUAUCCUCUUAAGCUGAUUUCUGUUGUUAAGAUGACGACACAGUAUAUGUUUGCCAAAUGUAUUAUGCUUGGUUUUUUUCUGUAUGGAUUGAUGGCCAAAGAUUAGCAGGUCUUGUUGCAUGAUUGUGUUUUUAAUAUAGCCAUAUCUGACUGUGCAGAGCAUCCACAGUACAGUAAAUCAGAUAGUUGAGUCUGGUGGCAUGUGAUAAUACAACAGAUAGCUACAGUGUGUGAGUGAGUCUGUGAUUAAAGAGACGUGUGUGUGUCAGAAUAGCCAAGGUUUAAAGCCCCUUGUAGGCUGUCGUUCAGCUGCUAAUCACAUCAAAGUGCCUUAUAUUCAUUCCACAGUUUGUGUCUUCAAAUAAUGUACAGUAAAGCUUGAGUCCACCCAUCGAAGCAACGACCGUAGUAAGUUUAUAUCGGCUGUUACUCGAUGUAUUAGUGACACAUUGCAGCACAGAGAGAAAUGACAAUGCCACAGUAUCAAAGAGGAACUGAUGUGGUGAUUUAUCUGUCAGUAUUUUGUAAAAAUAGCAAUGGAAAGUACAACAUCUAUAGGGCUUUCCACUCCGCUACUGUAUCACCAUGAUAUGCAUUCACAUUUAAUCUGAUUUAUUUCAUGAUGCAACAUAUUGUAUACUUUAUUCUCCAGUUUAUAUCAGUACCGUCACCCAGGAAUAAAAUAAGUGUGGGUGAUACAGAAGAUAAGUCCACCUGGCAACAUUCAACAAAGUACAUCAUCACUCCAGUUUGUGUCUAAGCUUUUCAGUUAAAGGAGGUCAAAUUAUUAGUCUAUAGUAGUCUCUAUAUUGGAGCGGAUUUUCCCUUUAAAAAACCACUUGUGUGCUUUUUACACCCGAGGAUGAGAAGUAGCUGUAGUUACUGUUUACAACCAUGUAUGUUCUAGAAAACUCUUAAGAUGUCGACUGUACAGAACCUGUUUUUAUUUGUCCCUGCCUUAAUAGACUGCAAUGCGUUGACCGAUGUAUGGCUGGGACUGGCUGCUGAUAUAACAUGAAUUGCAUGAUUCAAUAAACCAUCUGACAAAAUUAAA